UUUAUCGAUGCCUUUUAAGCUUAAUUAUACGUUGUAUAUGUAUGUUUACAUCGGUAUUAUUCAACAAUACGUAUAGAAAUUAUUUCGAUUUGAAAAUCCAAAAAAUUGUCACAGAAAUUAAUAUUAAAUAAAAUGAUAGAACAAGAUAUUGAAGCAGAUCAAGGUGGUUUGCGAGUAGAUGGUAGACGUCCAUUAGAAUUGAGACAAAUUCGCGUAAGAUUGGGUGUUUUUGGCCAAGCUGAUGGAAGUGCUUACAUAGAGCAUGGUAAAACCAAAAUUUUGGCGGCAGUGUACGGGCCUCAUCAGCCUAGAGGCACAGGAAGAAGUGGUAGUAACAGUAGCAAAGCUGUUGUAAAUUGUCAGUAUAGCGUAGCAGUAUUUAGCUUCAUGUCUGGGGAACGGAAACGUAGACCACGAGGUGAUCGUAAAUCACAAGAAAGAUCCCUUGAAUUACGUCGUGCGAUGGAAGUUAUAAUACAUUUGGAAUUGUAUCCACGCUCGCAGAUAGAUAUUUUUGUGGAAGUUUUACAAGUCGAUGGAAGCGACUACUGCGCAUCCGUUAAUGCAGCUACUUUGGCACUGAUCGACGCUGGAAUACCUAUAAAAAAUUAUGCAAUAGGAUGUACAAUAACAUUAGUCAAUUCUUCGUAUACGGAUGGAGAGGAAAAAGCUGUCAGUAACACAAGUGUAUUAGAUGCAAAUUUUAUAGAAGAAUGCGCAUCAGGUGUAACUUUAUCUAUCGUUGCAUUACCUGAAACAAAUAAUGAUAAUGCAUCAAAAAAUUCUGGAUUGAUAGUUGUUGCGCAAGGAGCAGGUCAAAGGUUACAUUUAUCGCAUUUGGAAGCAUUAAAACAGCGUGCUUUGCUUGGAUGUCAAGAUAUAAGAACGAUCUUAGAUUGUGCCGUACGACAUCAUUUAACGAUACAUUCGCUUCCAUCAUUGUGUAACGUUACAUUGGAUUAGAGUAAAAUAAAGAAAUAUUUAUUCUACUAAUAUAAA